AGCUCGAGCUACUUCGUGGCGGAAGGAUAUCGUGCUGUUGUCAUUAUGUGAUGAGUCCCGAGUUCUUUGUGAAGAACAAUUACGUCUUAGACGGGCAAUCUUGGAAUAAAAAAAUAAUCAGUGCAAAAAAAUGAUAUUAGGCACAGAGGCCUUGUGCAUAUUUGAUGUUCCAGUCACUCUCCAUGGAGAUGAGAUCGCAGCGGAGCCUGGGCAGUGGUUAAAUUACAUCUGCAUACAUUUACUAGUAACUCGACCGGAUGUAGGAAACAGCUUGUAGUUGCCUAGCAACAUUCAACAGAACAGGAGAGCAGUAGUAUUCGGUAAGAACUGGACUACAGGGCCGAGUUUAAUUCAUUAUUCAGCGCUUCAGUGGUUCUUGGAGGAAUAGAGCAGUUAUGCCGAAGAAAGGAGGAAAGAAGGGUACAGAGGAGGAGAGAAUGCUGAAGGCCAAGGCUGAAGAAGAAAGUGGCAAAAUAAAAGAAGAUGUGCUCACACAGUUCCUUAAGGAUAAACUACAAAAGGAAGAGCGGAACAGCAAAGUCAACCUGCACAAGUUGAACCAGCUGUGGCGUGUGAACCUGCGCCAGACUCGAGCAGCAGAGCUGCGUAAUGAUUUUGCGAUACUCAGCCAAACCUUCGAGAGAGUUGUGGACUGCAAGGACAAUGUCAUCAAGUUAUUGGUGUGUGAUCUGAAUGAAGCAGAGCAGCAGUCAGCACUGGCUCACCGGUCUCAUCUUCAGUGUGUAGAUCGUCUUCUUGAUGUACAGAAAAGCAGAAUAGCAACAAUUGAAUCACACUGGAACACCAGUAUUAAGGAACUCAGUACUGAGUGCAACACAGAUAGGGAACACAUUUUGAAUCAGCAUCAGCAGGAUAUUGAAUACCUGGAAGCAGGCACCUUUGCCAUAGAACAGCAUUACACUGAAAUUGAAAGUGAAGCCCGACAGGACUAUCAGAGUUCACGUGAUGACAUCAAAAACCGGGACAUUGAGGAAAAGCACACACUGCGCAUCCAGAUGGAAGGCAAAGUGGAUAAGUUGUGGCAGCAGUUUCAAGAGGAACAGCAGAAGUACACUGAAGCCACUGAGGAUCGACAGAUUGCUUUUAAUUCACUCCGUGCCACAGACCAGCUCAAUGCUCAAGAAGCAGACCUGCAGAUGAGGCACAUGCAGAAAUUGCAGGCAACAAUUAAUGCUCUACGUUCUCAUCUGAGCUCCAGUCAGAGGGAGUAUGAGGCAUCUGCAAAUGACCUUCGUCUAGAAUGCGAGGACGUUGGAGAGAAAGUCCAACAGCUCAGAGCUAAGCUCAGCUCUGCCCAAGCAGCUGACAGAACACAACUAGCUAACCACACUAUGUACAGCAAUAACACAAUUAAAAAACUACAGGAUAUUAUUGGAAAGGGAGAGAUGUUGUUACGUGUGGCUGAUGUGUGUCGUAAGCUUGAAACGGAGCACGAGAAGGUGCUUCCCUUUUACACGUCAUCUUUAACUGCCGAGGAACUGAGUCAGGAGAAGGCACAUGCUAUGGAGGCGAUGUCUGAAGAGUUAGCACAGACAAUGAUGGAUUAUACAGAUCUAGAAAAGUUCUGGCAACGUUACAACAAGGUUCGACUGGAACGUUUGUGUUUAGAACGGGAGAAGAAGGUCCUAAGAUGGGAGAACCAGCAGCUAAGGAUUCUUCUUAAGCAAUACCUGGAUGGAAUCUCUGUCAGUGACGAGAUACUAAAGCAGCAGAACUCGCUGCUGAUGUUGUCCAGCCCAUUACUCCAAACCUCUCCCCCUUUAAAAACUCAAACACACACAGACAAGACAGUCAUAGAGGCGGCUUAUGUAGGGCAGCAGACACUUCAGAGAAGACACACAUAAACACAUAUGUCUAGACACAAAUCUUGAUCCAAAAAAGAGUCAGACAUGCAUGAUAGAUGACAAACAUGUGAAUCAAUAUCAAAAGAAAACAGGCACAAUUCAGGCAAGUAACACGCAUGUUUUAACACAUUCUUCGAGAAUAUUUUGGUAUUACACUGUAUAUACCUGACAGCAACAUGAUUAUAGUUCAUAAUUAUUCAUAUAGUUCAUAUCUUUAUAAAAAUACUUAGACAGAAAUAAGAUGCAAAUUUCAUUUUGGAUUGUUUUGAUAAAUCUGUGAUACAAA